AUGAAGCUCUUACCUACUCUAGCUACCUUCGUGACGGUGGGCUUGGCCUUCCCAGUCAUUGAUAACCUCGAUGCCGACGUCCACCACAAAGCGGGCCAGCUGGCCGCGCGGACUCUAAAGAUUCUCGAAGAAGAGAAUUUUCAACCUGUGCGGCGCUCAACCCUUCCGCUUCCUGAGGACGCGUUGGGUAUCAGCCGAGCGGAAACAAACUGCGGGCCCACGAUCCCCUGUCUUUACUUUGAUGCCAAGGACCAGUAUGUGUCGGUGGAAGGCGAGUACGCUUAUGCUGCCCCUGCCCCAGACGAAAUCCGCGGGCCUUGCCCUGGACUCAAUGCCGCGGCCAAUCACGGCUAUUUGCCUCGUUCUGGAAUCGCUACAAUCGAGGAGACCGUCCGUGGUCUCAACAAAUUGUACAACCUGGGAGUUGAUCUGGGCGCUGUCCUUGCCGCGUAUGCAAUCGUGAUUGACGGCGAUCUCGCCGGUGGAUCGUGGUCUAUCGGCGGUCCCCAACAGUCCGAUCCUCUCACACCUUUCUUCGGAAAUGGCCAGGGUCUUUCGUUCUCUCACAACAGCUACGAGGGUGACGGCUCAAUUGGACGCCUCGACGCUUUCACAAACAACGGUGACGCCCACUCACUUUCCGUCGAGAAGUUUGAGUCCGUCUACAAAACCGGUGGUGAUGACACCUCCGAAAACGGAUUUGAUCAGCGCUUUACCAUCGACAAGUUCCGAGCUCAAUACGAGGAGGUCCAAAAACACUCCAUAGCCACAAACCCAUACUACUUUACCGGUGCCUUCUCUACUGUGGUGGUUGUGCCAACAGCGUAUAACUUUGUCAUCAACUUCAUGUCUAAUCACUCGGAGGAGGAGCCAUCGGGAUACUUGGAUGGCUAUAACUUCAAGCAAUUCUUUGGCGUAACUGGCAAGCCUGGCUCUUUCGUCUGGCAGAAAGGACAGGAACGAAUUCCCGAAAACUGGUACAAGCGCCCAACUAUUUCGCCUUACGGCCUGGCCGAGGUGGCAGCAGAUGCUGGUAUUGGAUAUCUCGCAUAUCCCGAGACUCUGAGAAUUGGCGGAAACACCGGAUCAGUCAACUCAUUCACUGGUGUGGCCAUUGAGGAUCUCACUGGUGGUGUUUUGAAUGCCAAGACCCUGUUUGAAGGUGACAACUUUGCAUGCUUCAUUUUCGUUCUUUUGCAACAGGGCAUUCCCCAUUUCCUCAAGGGGCCGUUGGAGGCUAUCAACAACGCGACCUCCUACUUUGAUCCAUUCCUGGCUCCACUUCUUAGUAAGCUCAAGUGUCCUGAGCUUGAAAACUUCGAUCAGAGUCUGUUCAACCAGUUCCCGGGCUACAAAUACAGUCCAACGGGGCCGGCCACCAACUAUUAG